AACACAUGGAUUUGAUUUCCAACCCCCCGGCCUUCAUUGCAAGCUGGCUUACUAACCGGCCUGCAGGGAUCAGAGAGCUAGCAGCCAUCAAAUUGGCCGUCUUCUUUGAUCUAAUUCUCCGCUUAAAUUAAUCCUUGAACGAAAGUACUGCCUUAAAAGUACUACCAGAGCGAGCCAGUACCGGACGAGAAUAUAUAUUAUUUUACAUACGGAUCGAUCAUGAUCUUCAUUUUUCUUCCAACUGUCUAGCUAGCUAGCUAUAUCGUCGAAGUUCAUCCAGUUUGUGAUCGAUCAUGAACAACAUGGAAGCUCACACCUCUUGUAAUGAAAAGGUGAAAACCCUCCGAGCAGACUUGGAGAGUUUACGAAAAGAGAACGAGACUCUAAGAUUCAAGCUUGAAGUUAUGAACAGAAAAUGCAACAUUCUUCAAGCCCAUCUUCAAGAAACAAAGGCACAACAAUUGGGCAUGAUCGAUUUAACUGCAAGCCGCUCGAACAGUGAAAUUACAAGCUGCAAGAGAUCAGUACGGAUCAUCGAGCAGCAGGUUCCGACACCUACUAAGACAUCACAAAUUUUAGUGAGAACCAACUCUACGGACAAUAGCCAAGUAGUGAAAGAUGGCUAUCAAUGGAGGAAAUAUGGGCAGAAGGUUACUAAAGACAACCCAUCACCUAGAGCCUAUUUCAGGUGUUCCAUGGCUCCGGCGGGAUGCCCCGUCAAAAAGAAGGUACAAAGAUGCGUGGAAGAUAAGUCUUUUCUUGUGGCAACUUAUGAUGGAGAGCACAACCAUGAUGUUAAUUCUCAUGUUCCAGCUCUGAUUAGGGACUCUUUAUCUUCAUCAGAUGAUGAAGUAGUACUACCCAAAGGCUCAGUGGCUAAUAUUAUUUAUCCUGAGCCCUACCCGCUUGAGAAUCACUCAUUUCGACCGUCUAUCGCCCUUGAUCUUAGUCUUUCUGGGCCAAAUGACAAAAGUCCAAGAAAUGAUGUUGUGGAAAAUAAACUCCAUAACAACAACUGCAACGACAUUGAAGAAUAUGUGGCCUCUUUAACUAAGGAUCCCAGCUUCACCGCAGCUUUAGCUGCAGCAGUUGCACGCUCCAUGCCCCACCUGCAUGCUGCCUAAACUAUCGAUCGAAGAUUGGAAUAUCAACAUGAUCAUCAUAUACUUGAUCUCUGCAUCUCAUCAAGUAAAGAGAGCAAAAUAGCUAAUUAGAAUGAUAAGUUUCUAAUUUUAGGAGUUAGUUUUUAAGAAAAUAUGGUUCGAGUGCUUGAAGUUUCUUUCUUUAAUUAACUUUUCUACUUGUAUGAAUAUUCAGUUUGGUUUUAUCUUUAAAAGAAUGGGAUCAAAGGGAAAAGGAAUUGUUAUA